AUGGCGACUUCGCAGGAAGUGCAGCAGGGCGACCUGCCUUCCGAGGUUCUUCAAGCACUUUCCCAGAAUGAUCCAAUUCUUUCGGCGACAACCUUCCCUUCAAUUCGGGCGACAGAAUUGAAGGGAGCGCUGGAUCGGCUGGCCUCGAGGUCAAUGAUUACAUAUGAAACGAUUGAUAAGGAAGAGCCGGUUUUGGAGCCUGAAGCGUUAGAGAUAGCAGCGAAUGGUAGUCAUGAAGCGCGAGUUUUUGAGGCCUUGAAGCAGGCGAUGGAUGGCCUUACGGUUUCUGAGCUUGAGGCUGCAGUAGGAGACAAGAAUGUUGUUAAGGUUGGGCAAGGCAAAGCUUUCAAGUCCAAGUGGAUUGCAAAGGGAAAGGAGGGUCGUUUGAUCGCUUCCACUGAUUCCAUACAAGAUGUUACGCAGCAACAGCUUCAAGUGAUACAGAAAACAAGUUCACAUCCUGACCCUAAGGUUAUUACAGAUCUCAAGAAAAGGAAACUUGUCAAGAUGCAAAAGAUUACUAGUUUCAAAAUCCACAAGGGACCAAAGUUUGCGCUAGAAAUUGUGAAAGAAGAAACAGACCUGACUGCGGACAUGCUUGCCUCGGGUGCUUGGAAGACCGCCGCUUUCAAACCAUACAAUUUCAAGUCGCUUGGUGCGGAUCAGAAUGCUGGAGCUUUACAUCCGCUCAACAAGGUCCGCCAUGAGUUCCGACAAAUCUUCUUCGAAAUGGGGUUCGAGGAGAUGCCGACAAAUCGCUAUGUAGAGACUGGCUUUUGGAAUUUCGACGCGCUCUUUGUUCCCCAACAGCAUCCUGCGCGUGAUCUUCAAGAUACUUUCUACAUCUCAGAUCCUAAAACAGCUGACAAGCCGCACGCUGAAUCCCAAGACGACAAAGGUGAUUAUGAGUCGUAUUGGGAAAAUGUGCAAGAAGUCCACCAGGAUGGUAAAUAUGGUUCGAUAGGUUACAGAUAUCCAUGGGCAGAAGACGAGUCAUUGCGACUUGUUCUCCGUACACAUACAACAGCUAUUUCAACAGCCAUGCUGCAUAAAUUAGCUUCACAGAAAGGUCCAGAUGGAAGACCACCACCGGCACGUUAUUUCUCCAUCGAUAGAGUCUUCCGUAACGAGACCGUUGAUGCAACUCAUCUUGCUGAGUUCCAUCAAGUUGAGGGUGUCAUUGCCGACUAUGGCUUGUCAUUGGGAGGUUUGAUGGAAUUUAUGGAAAUCUUCUUCAACAAGAUGGGUAUCGAGGAUUUACGAUUCAAGCCAGCAUACAAUCCUUACACUGAACCAAGUAUGGAAAUCUUCUCUUUUCACAAAGGUCUAAACAAGUUGGUUGAGAUUGGGAACAGCGGUAUGUUCAGACCGGAGAUGCUGGAAUCAAUGGGCUUACCUAAGGAUAUGCGUGUCUUUGGCUGGGGGCUGAGUUUGGAAAGGCCAACGAUGAUCAAGUACAAGGUCAACAAUAUUCGAGAACUAUUAGGCCAUAAAGUUGAUUUGUCUUUCAUAGAGAGGAAUCCUGCAGUCAGAUUGGAAAAGGCAUAA